AAGCAUGCAUGUUGCCACGAACUAGCGCUUGGAGAUGGCAGCCUGAAGGGCUGAAGGGCGUACUUCAAAUCUGACAUUGCAAUCCUCGAACAUAAGAUAUCACAUUCUGACUGGCAACGCUUCUCACCCGUACAAAAAUCAUUGAAGAAGAUGUCUCGGGAAGAACGGAAAGAAAAGAAAAACCGCGAGAUUGCCGAGGCCAUCGCCAAUGUUCAAGAUGAAGCCACCCAAAUCGACAUUAUCAUGAAGAAGCGAGGAUGCUUUGGACCGAGCGAAGACAACCAAUUCUACCCAAUCGUACAAGACUACCUAAACAGCGAUAUCAAUGCUAAAGACACAGCAAAGAAACUCAUCGACCCCAUCAACAACGCCAUCGUCCAGAACAGAAAGGACCUCCCCUUCCUUAGACUCUGGUACUCCAUAAUCCACUCCGCCAAACGCCUCCCCUUCCGCAACGCUACCGGCCUCAACAAACUCGUCACCCUAAUGAAGACGAUAAAAGCGAGCUUCCCACCCCCAACAGCCAAAGACUCAGACAUGUACACCUGUCUCCGCCACUUCGGCAUGGCCGCGCGCGAGAGUAUGAACGACAGCCCUGGAGGCCAGUGUGGUUACAUGUUGCAAGAAGUACACGCAUACGCCAACAUGCUCUACUUCUACGCACUCAUCACGCGCGAAAACGUGCGCAAUUUCUGGAUAUAUUGCAUAUGGGAAAUGCGCAAUGCACUCGAGACACCGCACAAAGACGAUGCGGAUGGCACAGCGAUACAGAAAUAUAAUUCUUUUAUCCCCUCCGCUGCUGUCUGGAUAUUUACUAUGGGCAAACAAGUUUACGAAAGAGAACAAGAUCUCACCCCAAAGAAGGCGACCGAGGGGAAUCCAGGUGGUGGUGGACCGUUAUGGAAAGGUAGAGCGGAGUUUAGUAAGCAGAGGUGGGCGCUCUGGAAGAAGAGGUUUGGGGAACUUGCUGAGAUGGAGGGGUUGACUGAGGAGGUUAGGGGGAUUGCGAAGGAGGCUGCUGAGGCUAUGGAUGGGAUUGAUGGUGGGGCGAGAUAAGAUGAUGAAACGACUGGGACAUUGCUCAUGUUUGUUAUGUUGGAAGAAGUCAAAUUGAGAUGUAUUGUAUCAUCACCUAAACCACUACAAUCAACGCUCCUCCGCAUUACAUCUGGUCGGCCCUUCACUACAUUAGCAGAAUGACAGGCAUACCGGCUAGCGAGCGGACGGUCCCGUAGACUACGUUGUGACAGGCAUCGG